UGGGGAUACACUACCUGAGGUGUUGGGAGACUCUCGCAGAAUAUACAGAAGCACCUGCGUUCCCAGAUCAUGGCGGUCCACACUCCAGUUUACCAGUUCCUGACUGGAGCCACAGGACACUGCAGAUGUGUGUCCUCUCAAUGAACAAACGCACCCCGAACUUCUCCGGCCCGGCUCGCCCGCCCGUAAUGUUUGUCCUCUCUUCCCCGUGUUCCCGUCCUGCACGGUGCGUCCACGGUUGACAGGUCAGGUGUCGGUCGGCGCUGGAGCUCGUAGCCCUGCUGCAUCGGGAGUCUGGGCUUCGGCGGACAGCAGGCGGAUUCCCAGCAGACAGCAUUGAGAAGAGAGCGUGGCCUGGACAGUGGGAGUUGCUGAUGAUGGAUGCCGCUUUCCAAGGACAGAGACCAGACUUGCUCGUAUGCAACAGCUGAACAUGUCAGAUGACAAUAAACUUGAGGACUUGGUGACUGUGUGGCGGAGUGUUCAGAGACCUGUUGAAAUGGUGAAAAUUCCUUCAUCAGCUUCCAAUGUAAUACAGGUAAAGCAUUCCCUUAUUGAUCUGAACGUUCUACGGGGAGCUGUGUGCCACACAGGACACUUUAACCUCCCAGUAAAUAGUUUACCAGCUUUCUCAAUGUAUGGUGUAGGUCGAGCCAGGAUUCUAAGGGUUUACAGUGCAGUGGUUGUGCUUCCUCCACAGUCCUGCUGACAGCUGGGCCCACAGGUGGAAUACAGGAGCAGCCCAUUGAACUUACUCUGCUAUUCAUCAUUGUUAACGUUUUUCUCAACCUCAUUCUCCUCUCUCUCCGUGAUCCCCACUACCAAUCAAAAACCUAUCAUUCUUUACCUGAAACAAAAACACCCAGUAAUUUUCCUCCACAGUUGUGGCAAUGAAUUCUGUAGGUUCCCCAGCAUCUAGCUCUAGAAAUUCCCCCUAAGCUCAGUUCCUUCAUUUUGAGGCUGUGCCCUUAGAUCCUACACUCUCCUACUAAUGGAAACAGCCUCUUUAUCCUUCAAAACAUUGAGUACAGGUCCAGGGCCGUUGAAUUUAUCCAAAUACAUUUAACCUUUUGUUCCGGGGGUCAUUCUUGUGAAUCAAUUUCACCAGGGUGAGCACAUCAUUCGUUUUAUAUAGGGCCCAAAAUUCCCUAAUCUAUUUCAAAUGCAGCCUGACCGAAGCUUCAACAAUACAUCCUUGCUUUUUAUGUUUUAGCCCUCCUGAAAUGAAUGCUAACACUGCAUUAGCCUUCUUUACCUUAGAGUGACUCUGCACAGGAGACCCACAUCAGUUGGUGUACAGACCAUCUCUUGGCCCUGACAAUGGGGAAGGUGGACAGAACAAAGGGAGCUGAGACCAGAUUCAACCGCAACCCGUCCUGAUCAUUCCCACCAAUGGUUGUGCAGGCAGGUGGUUCCUGCCUUACAGCUGUUAAUACUUUUGCUUGCGGUCACAGCGAGGGGAGCUCGUCGGUGGAAAUAUUCUGUCUGAAACAGAAAGGGUGAUUUGUGAAGGGAUUAAGGCUGACAAGGGGCGCUGAGGGAUUUAUGAGCAAAGUCUGCAGGAUUAUUCGGGGAAAAUUCAACUGAGCAUUUCAAAGUGUUGUGCGUGUCAAAAGCAUCUUGUGCGUGAUGGAUUGAUGGGUGAAGCACCUCCUUCAGAAAGUCCAUAGGAAUUCCCUCAGCAUUCCAGGUCUGCUAAGAAGCAGAUGCUGCAGGAGCCAGCUCGGUGGAAGAGCAACUGUUCCUCUCCAGCCCACCACAGGACUCCUGUGCUCUCCCGCUCUGGGAACCUGCUCCUGAGUGAUGAUGACAAUUCCUGUUGAAUAACCAUCCGGCACCCAACAGAGGGUCAUCUGCUGGUGGUGUGAUGGCACCUAAUGUCUGAAUUACCCAUGGCCAGUUGUACAGCAAUCAGAACAACCCAUUCUGUUAACCCCCAGGUCCCCCUCCUCCUUCCCUUCCUCUCCUAUCAGAUUCCUUCUUGUCCAGCCCUUGACCAAUUCCACCCACCUUUUUAUUCUGAUAUCUUCCCCCCCACCACCUUCCAGUCCUGAUGAAGGAUCUCAGCCGAAACAUCGACUCUUCAUUUAUUUCCAUAGAGGCUGCCUGACCUGCUGAGUUCCUCCAGCACUUUGUGUCUGUUACUCUUGUCAUUACGUUACCUUGAUAUUUAUAUUUUGAUGGGAACCAGGAUUGCAAUAGUUAGUCACUGCCUGUUGCACCGAUGGUGUUUAGGGCAGCAAUGAAGGUCCUCCAUGACUACCUGUCCUUGGCCAUCUUCUCUGUUGUGCCCCAGGUGCGGUUCACCGUGUUGUCGGAUCCGAAUCACACUGUGUGUAUGAGAGGUGUGCUGGGCAAGGAGCUGAUAGAUGAUGCAGGAGGUGAUGUAUUGCCGAUGGUUUAUAUAUACAGUGUGAUGGGUGACCCAUACUGAAGGUACGAGUAGGUGACAAGUUACACAGUGCUUAGUCCAAAAGAUCAAUCAGAGUUAUUACCACUGACUAUGUGAUAUCAAAUUUGCUGUUUUGCCAGGAGGGAUGUUGAGGCUUUGGAGAGACUUACAACAGUUCUACCUGGUUUAGAGGGCAUGUGCGAUUACAAGAGGUUGGAUAAACUUAGGCUGUUUUCUUUGGGGCGGUGAGACUGAGGAGGGAUCUGAUAGAGGUUUAUAAGAUACUGAGAGGCGUGAACAGAGAGCACGUUUGUCAGGGUAGAAACGUCUAGAACCACUAUAGGUGAGAAUGGGCAGGUUCAAGGGAAUGUGAGGGGUAAGAUUUUUACUCAAGACAGUGGUGAAUAACUGGAAGGCACUACCUGGUAUGGUGGUAGAGGCAAAUACAUUAGAGGCUUUUAAGAGCUGUUUAGAUAGGCACGUGACCGUGAGGAAGGUGGAGGGAUGUGGACAUUAUGCAGGUAGGAGGGAUUAGUUUUGGGUUUUUGGGUUUUUGCUUUUGAUUGGCUUUUUAGCGGGUUUGUGGGCUGAGAAGUCUGCUCCUGUGCUUGUACUCUUCCAUGUUCUAAAUAAAAGUAACGAGGUUGGGCUUGUGGACCAUCCUGUAAUGCAAUAGCUCCAGGGACAAGGUGAGGAGUGAGUGAACAUGAGGUGAAGUGGAGGGAACGUGGUAGUGAUAUUCUUGUGUGUUUGAAAGGCUUCUACUUCUUGAUGGUAAAGGCCACAGAAUUUGAAAGGUCUUGCCAGAUUAGCCUCAGCAAAUUACACGCUGAAGGCACUGUGUACCAGUUGUGGAGUGAACGUAUGUUUCAGUUGGAUGAGCCCCCAAUCCAAACCAGCUGCUCUGUCUGUCAUGCUUGUUGACUAGUUACUUGCAUUUCUUCGAGAUGGCAGACAUUUCUCUGCGCUCCUGCUGCAUGCUGUAGGUGAUAAGGAGAGAGGAGGCGCGUCUCCCUCUUGUAGCAGUCCAGUUAAGUUCCUCAUCAACUCUGACAUUGAUUGCAGGGGACUGAUGAAUGCUCAAUAUUAUGAAAUAUGAUUAGAUUUUAUUGUUGAUGAUGGUUCCUGUGAUCGUAAAUGCUGCUUGCCACUUUGAAGUCCAAGGUCAUUUAUGGCCCAGAUUAUUUACACAAGUGUGCUGGACUCUGGCGUGAGGGGCACUGGACACGGCUAGAAUGAGUUGAGAGCUCUGGACAGAAUGUAGACGUGCAGAGGUUUCAGAACACUGUCUGAUGGGCUUUGGAAGUAUCACGUGAGUACAGGUAUAAGAUGAGUCCUGGGCUCUCAAUGUGGCAUGAGUGUACGAUAGGUCUGGUUCACAGGACAGAUGCAUGAGGGUCUGGGUGUGGCACAGGCUUGAAAUGAGACCCAGGUGCACUGGUCAACCCGGAUGUGACCAACUGCACCACUGGUCUGGUGUGUGCUCACACGUAGGACAUGUGCAGGUGCGUUACAGUAAGGGUCUGGUGAAUGCAGUACUCUGUGUAGACUUAAGAGGAUUGAACUGAAAUUUCUGAAGUGAGAUUGGAACUCCAAGGUUAACAGAGGAGCCAGAGAGCUGCCUCUGCUCCACUCCCAUCCUUUUAAGGAAGUUUAAGAAUAAAGCAGGCCGAUGCGAGGGAGGGUCCUCCUGGAGCGGUCUUGAGACAUGUGCUGCCUCUGGAGGACUCUGCAGGUAGUGCUGCCUUACAGCUGGUGACUCAUUGGCUGGAGCUGGAUGAGAUUUGCUUUACUCACGGUUAACGUGGUUUCUGCAACAUUCUGAGGUAUUUGGACCUGCUGACACCCGGCAGCUCACCGGCUAGCCAUGCCAGGAAUGUCGUAUGAAAUAUGUGUCAGUGCAAGGAUUCAGGGUACAGAUGCGCUUUAAAUACUCCAAUUCACUCACUCCAUCACAAACACCCAGCAGCAGCGAAGCAAGAGCAGCUGAAAUUAAAAUCAGAUAAAGAACUCAGAGCAAGCGCAGGGAACUCACUCAGCUUGGUCAUCGCAAGAGUAUCUUCUUUUGUGGAGCGGCAUUCUGCAUACUGGGACAAUGGCAUCCCCAUGGCUGCUAACGCUCCUGGUCAUUUUUCCCAUUGCUUAUCAACCAGCCAGGGGAAAUGGAUCUCCAGAGGACAGUGACCCAGUGCCGCAUCUGCCUGGUAAGUAAAACUCACACGUUCACUAAUAACGAGUUUCAAGAUAGAGUGAGAGAGUGUGCGAACACACACAGGCAGUCACAGUAGUGUAAUGUUUGCGUGACGUUAUUACAACUUGGGCAUCAGAAUUUGGAGUUCAAUUCCGUUUUCCUCUGUAAGCAAGUUCCCUCCCAUGUGCAUAUGGGUUUCCUCCCAAAGUUCAAAGACAUACCGGUUAGGUUAACUGGUCAUUGACAAGUCUCCCGUGAUCAGACUAGGGUCGGGUCGGUGGAGUGCUGGGUGGUGCGGCUCAAAGGGCCAGAAGGACCUAUUCUGCGCUGUACCUCUAAAUAAGUAUUUAUAAUUGAAUGUCAGUUUCAUAAAAUAACCUGCACUGAGAUUACUAAUUCUAUAAAGCAUAAUCCAAAUGAAGUUCCAUCCGGGUGAGAGUCCAUGUCCAGUACUGGAAGGAACGGAGACCAGGUUCAUGGCUCCUGCUGGAGAUACCUACCUAGGUGAAUAGAGGGAUCUGUUUCCACUUGCACAGAGAAUCUGGAUUACAUAAACAGGCCUGGGAUGUGAUCCCAGUAGAUGUCAACCUGGGAUUCCCGUUUGUAGCUUUUGUUGGAAAGAGGCAAACUUCCCCAAAGUUUUACUCCGGGUAACAUGCACCCAUGCUUCCUCCACUGCAACUUCAAAUAAACCCCCACGAAUAAGCAGCUGGUAUCAGUAACAUAACCACAAGCCGCAGGAUUGUUAUAAACAACCUGUCUGGUUCACUAAUAUCCUUUAGGAAGCCUGAUGUUCUUUCAAUAUCUAAUCUAAAAAAACACCAGACCCAGCAGAGUAGCUGUGAUUAGCUGGUCACACGGGAAUGGAGAGACAUUAGUUUUGCUUGUAAAGGCUCUGUGGUUAGUGAGUAAAACCUCUGAUGAAAUGGUUGAAAUGAAAUACUGUAUGAGUUCAUUUUCUGCUUUUGCCAGAGAUGGGGGCUAGUACGCUCCAACGAUCCGACGGAGAUCCAGAUGGGGAAUUCGUCAUUUCACCGUCUCCUUCAUCAGUCUCGUCUCUCGAAGCUUCAGACCCACAGCCGUACGCAGGAAGGUCGCGAAGAAAGCGGAAAAUGUCUGUGACAAGGAAGGGAGAGGCGUGGGAGGAGAGGAGCUGCCGGCUGCGGGCACUGCAGCUGCGGGUGCAUGACCUGGGUCUGGGCUAUCGCUCCGAUGAAAUUAUUCUCUUCAAGUACUGCAGCGGCAGCUGCCCCCUGGCUCGCACCAACCACGACCUCACCCUCUCCCUCCUCCUGCGCAAGGCCGACCUUCUCAACCUGUCCCGAGAGAAGAUCGUUAGCGACCCAUGCUGCCGGCCGACACAGUUCAAGGAUGUCAGCUUCCUGGACAACGAAAACCGCUGGCACAGGGUGGAGAAGCUGUCAGCUUCAGAGUGCAGCUGUAUCGGGUAACCAU